AUGAAUGUAGAACAUGAAGUGAACUUAUUAGUCCAGGAAAUCAAGCGCCUUGGUGCACCCAAUGCUGAUGGACAGGUGUCAGUCAAGUUUGGAGUGCUAUUUAAUGAUGAUCGUUGUGCAAACAUAUUUGAAGGUAAAAAUUAUCUUACUGAUUGUCGAGUUGCGUAUUACUGGUAAGCCUACUGCCCUAGUCCUCCUAAUGACCAAGCAUAAAAACUUGCAAUAUUAUCAUAAACAUAAGAAAUUCAAAACAUCAUGUUCUUAUGGCGCUUAACUUCACAUCAACAUUAUUUCCAUUGAGGACUAGUCUCCAGUCAGGUCCUUCAAACUUCUCGCAAGGCUCCCCACUCCCCACCUUGUGGGGAUGGGGAAUAUCACAUGACUCUGGCAUGUACAGCUACGAAGGAAACUAAGUGAGGACUAGUUCAACAAAAUGCAUAAGCUCAAGCAGCAAAAAAAGGCAUUUGUGCAGACAUAAGUAGCACCACUCUGUAUGCUUUUGCACCAUAGGUUUAUCACAAGAGUCAGCAUCCCUGUGCUGAUGAACAGUUAGAGCACUUUCCAGGUUUUAAGAACUCUCAAGCGUCUGUGCUUCUCGUGUCAUUUCUCUCAUGUUCGUAAACCUGCAUAACUUUCAGCAACUGAAAAAUGUCCACACUUAAUUUUUAUUCCCAUGUAAAUCACCAAAUGGGUUUUGUUUUUAUUGCAGCCCUUGUGGGAACCCUCAAAGCGGCUAAGAGAAAGAAGAUAGUGAACUACAGUGGUGAAUUACUUCUUCAAGGUGUACAUGACAAUGUGGAGAUUGUGCUGUUAAAAGAUGAAUGA